UAAUUAAUUUAUUAAAAAUGUUAGAGAAAAUUAAAUAUUAAGAUUUUUCUUUUGACAAUUUUUUUUUUUGAUAAAAAUAAAAUCUUAAAAAGUCUACUAUAUGUGUUUUUGUUCACAUGCCUGGAUUAAUGACUAGAUAUUUCACAAUCUUAAUUGUAUGGUUCUUAUCUUUUUGACACAGUCAUAUGCUUCUGAUAGAACAUAUAAAAUUUAGCAUAUCAAAAUCUCCAUAGUCAUUUAAAUGUACUGCCAGCCACCACAUAAUUGAAUAUAUUCAGGGAUCUUAAAUGAUCUGUCUCAUUUAUUUUACUUUAUGCUAUAAAUAAGGCGUAAAGACAAAGAUUGUUGUCAUAACAAGUUUGUUUGUGUUGUGCAUGUGCUGUAAUACUAAAAUAAAACACAUUUUUUAAGUAUCUUUGUGAUUGUUGAUAGAUAGAUCACUAAGAAGUAAGAAGAGUAAUGGAAGAUUGUCAUCCUCUAUUGAGAGGUGGUAGAAGAAAAGAGAAAGGUUAUAGUCAUGGAUUAUCAACUACUCAGAUGCAUGUUAUGGCUACCAUUUGUGAUACCCUUUUUCCUUCUCUUCCAUUGAACAAAGAAAUUUCACAAGAUGGAGUUCUUUCAUCUUUCUACUCAACUUCUGGUUCUCAAUUCCCAUUUCCUGAUGAGGCUGCAGAACUAUUGUUAGUAUUCAAGAGGAGUGUACCAGAAGCAUAUCCUUUGGUGAGGUGGAUUCUAUGGCUUCUGUCUUUCAAAUUAGGGACACUGUUUCUUUGUACAACUCAUUGCUUGCAUUGGAAGUGGCCUUUUGUUCUCAAAUUUUCUGAGAUUUCUUUGGAAAAGAGAGAAGAAAUUCUGAAGAAAUGGUCAAAGGAGAACAGUUGGGUACCUCUAAGGGUGCUGUUUGUGGUGAUGAAACUUAUUUUCUUCUAUACUUUGUUCACAAGGACAGAUGUAAAUGGCCAUAAUCCAAUGUGGAAAGCAAUAGGGUACAAGGUGGACACCAGGGAAAAGUUGAAACCAAAGAAGAGGCCCCUCCAGGAAGGAGUAAUAGAGACAGCAUACGAAACUAAUUCUACUUUAAUCCAAUCCCUGAGUGAAAAAGGCCUUGAAGUCACUGAAGAUGAAGAGAAGAACGUGUACAAGAUCAAAUGCGAUGUUGUCAUUGUCGGUUCUGGUAGCGGUGGAGGAGUUGCAGCUGCAAUUCUUGCAAACUCAGGUUAUAAAGUGAUCGUCCUAGAGAAAGGAGAGUAUUUUGUUUCUCAAGAUUAUUCUUCCUUGGAAGGUGUGUCGAUGAACCAGCUAUAUGAAUCAGGCGGAAUCUUGCCGACACAUGACGGUAAAAUGAUGAUCUUAGCUGGCUCAACAUUAGGUGGAGGUUCAGCUGUAAACUGGGCUGCAUGUGUCAGAACACCUGAUUCUGUUAUGAAGGAAUGGUCUGAAAAAUAUAAACUACCGCUUUUCGCAACCUCUGAUUAUCGAUUUGCUAUGGACGCGGUAUGUAGAAGGAUUGGUGUCACAGAUAAAUGCAACAAGGAGAGUUUUCAAAAUCAAGUUCUUCGAAAAGGGUGUGAGAGAAUCGGUUUAAAAGUUGAAUCAGUUACAGUGAAUGCUUCAGAAGACCAUUAUUGUGGUUCAUGCUGUUACGGUUGUAGAUCAGGUGAUAAAAAAGGUACUGACUCGACUUGGUUGGUUGAUGCUGUACAAAACGGUGCAGUUAUCCUCACUGGAUGUAAAGCUGAGAAAUUCAUACUGAAAGAUGGAAAUAAUGGAACAAAGAGAAAAAAUUGUUCAGGCGUGAUUGCUGCAACAAGUUGGAGGAGUAUGAUAACAAAUAAACUUCAAAUAGAAUCAAAGGUAACUAUUUCAUCAUGUGGAUCACUACUUACACCUCCUCUAAUGAUUUCUAGUGGACUAAAAAAUCCAAACAUUGGCAAGCAUCUUCAUCUCCAUCCUGUUCAAUUUGCUUGGGGCUAUUUCCCGGAAGACGAAAACUUGAGCGGUAGUAACUAUGAAGGAGGAAUCAUAACUUCUAUACACAAAGUACUUGCUGAAAAUUCCACACCAAAAAUCAUUAUAGAAGCACCUGCUCUAGGACCUGGAUCAUUUUCAGCAUUGGUUCCAUGGAACUCGGGGAUUGAUAUGAAAGAUAGAUUGGCGAAAUAUUCAAGAACUGCUAGCCUUUUUGCAUUGGUUAGAGACAAAGGAUCAGGAGAAGUAAAACGUGAAGGAAGAGUUUCUUAUAGACUUGAUCAAACGGACAAAGAAAACCUUAGAAUUGGAUUAAGGAAGGCUUUAAGGAUAUUGGCUGCGGCGGGAGCUGAAGAAGUUGGAACUUAUAGAAGUGAUGGACAAAGAAUCAAAUGUAAAGGGAUCAAAGAAGAAGAUUUUGAGGAGUUUCUAGAUACGGUUACGGUUGUUGGGGGUCCGCAGUCCCGAGGUGAACUAUGGAAUGUGUUUAGUUCAGCUCAUCAAAUGGGAAGUUGCAGAAUGGGUGGCAAUGAAGAAGAGGGUGCAGUUGAUGAGAAUGGAGAAUGUUGGGAAGCAAAAGGUUUGUAUGUAUGUGAUGGAAGUGUUUUACCUAGUGCAGUUGGUGUUAAUCCAAUGGUAACCAUUCAAUCUACAGCAUAUUGUAUUGCUAGUAAAAUUGCAGAAUCACUUAAGAAAAAGUAGAUAGAGAUUGAAUAAUAGUAAAGUUUGUAUUAUUUCAAUGCAAGGAUUUCAUUGAAAAUGUACAAAAUAAAGUGUCAUGUAACUGAGUCAAAAUUUACUAUGCAGGACUUUAUAAUAUAAUGUUUUCAUGUGUUUCUUAUGGA